GGGGAGGGAAAAAAGGAGGGAGGGCAGAGAGGCACGCCGCGUGGACAACCGUGCACGCUCGUGUCUCUCUCUCGUUUCGUUUUGCUGCCUUCGUUCGCGCGAGAGCGCGGUGGAUGAGCUACGCUCGUUAGUGCCGGUUGAUGGUACGUCUUCGGUGAGUCGUCGUUAGAAUCCGCGCGCUGAGAGGAGACCUGACCUCCUCCGGAGGAUCGCACGUGGUGUCCGGUGGUGGUGGCGGUGGUGGAGGCGGUGGUGGAAACCUCCUCGUCACCUUCGGCGUCGGGGUGGUUUGAGAGAAGAGUGUCGUAAACGUUCUUCGUCCUCUCCUCGUCGACGUUUUUCCCUUCGUCGACAUUUGUCCUUCUUGCGACUUGACAAGUAAUAAUCCCCGGCGCGAUCAUGUACAAGCUGCUCGCCGGGCUAGGCAAAUACCUGAAACGCCAGGAGAUCACCACGGACUCGAUGGUGUUCCGGAUGCACAACCACUUCACGACGGUGCUGUUGUUCACGUGCUCGCUGCUGAUCACGGCCACCCAGUACGUCGGUAAUCCGAUCUCCUGCAUCGUCCAGGGCCUGCCCACGCACGCCAUCAACACUUACUGCUGGAUAACGUCCACGUUCACCAUGCCGGAUGCGUUCAAUCGACAGAUCGGCUUGGAGGUCGCUCAUCCAGGAGUGUCGAACGACUUUGGAGACGUCCAUGCGAGGAAAUACUACACGUACUACCAGUGGGUCUGCUUCGUGCUGUUUUUCCAGGCGACUUUGUGCUACGUACCGAAAUGGCUGUGGAGUUUCUGGGAGGGCGGCCUGAUGCAGACGUUGGUUAUGGGAAUGAAUCACGGCAUGGACACCAAGGAAAAUAUAGCGAAAAAGAAAGGCGCUCUUAUGGAAUACUUGCUGAUGCACAUCAGGAGUCACAACACGUACGUGUAUCGGUACUUCACUUGCGAGAUCCUGUGCCUCAUCAACAUAUUCGGCCAGCUGUAUCUGAUGAAUCGAUUCUUCGACGGCGAAUUCUUCAGCUAUGGUCUGCGAGUGCUGCAGCUCUCGGACACGCCGCAGGAGGAGCGGAUCGACCCGAUGGUCUACGUGUUCCCCCGCGUCACCAAGUGCAUCUUCCACAAGUACGGUGCCUCCGGCUCGAUACAGCAACACGACUCCCUUUGCAUACUGCCGCUGAACAUCGUCAACGAGAAGACGUACAUCUUCAUCUGGUUCUGGUUCUUCAUACUGGCCCUCAUGUUCAUCAUCGUAGUGGUGUACAGAGCAACGAUCAUCUUCGCGCCGAAGAUACGGCCGAGAUUGCUGCAUUUGUCGACGAGACUGCUGCCGAUCGAAACCUGCCAGAGUAUCAGCAGUAAGGUCGACCUCGGCGACUGGUGGAUACUUUACAUUCUCUCGUCCAACAUGGACUCGCUCCUUUACAAAGAUUUCUUAAUGGAGUUCACGAAGAAGAUGGGCAACACCAUUUCGAGGCCCGUGUAAGCGCGAAGAAGCUUCGACGUAGCUAUGUAUAGUACGAGAAUUACUUAGCUUAAAUGCCAAUACGGACUGACUCGCGUCUCGCGGCGUGCUUUCCUCCCAAUCGCGGGUUUCCUGCAAGUAUUUCCGCGCCAUUGCGCUAGGGUCCGCGUAGAUGUAUCGUAACGUUACACAACAUUGUUAUAUGCGAAGGGAAUUGAAAUUUAAACUGGACUUCGUAACGAUUUCUGCGGCAUACUGAUUCAGAGUUACCGUUCAACCUUCUAACUUUUAACUACUGUAUGAAUAUAUAAAAAUAUCACUGUCAAAGUCAAUCACGUUGUUGUCAUCAUUGGUGUUCUUCUUUGAGAUCAUUAAUUUAUUCAAAAGUUAGAAGAAUGUUCUGAAUCACUUUGUGCAUGUUUUCCUCUUUCAAAGCGGUCCAUUUUAAAGAUAGGCAUGUAUUUCACUUUCUUUUUCAGUUUUACUGAAAUUUGUUAUUUAUAUUGCAUAUAUGUCCAUUCUCAAGAAGGAUUCUUUAAUUCGGUAUAUUAUAGCGUAGGCCGCUUGAGAAAAAUUAAUGCAAUAAAAUUAUACUCAAUUAUAUCAAUAAGAUUUGUAGUAAAUUAAUAGGAUGUUUAAGGUGUAAAAGAGCAACAGAGUUCAUCCCGAGAAGAGAUUAUUUCGAAAAAUAAUUCUACUGUAAGUUUAACAUGCAUGUGAACAACAAAUAGAAAUCUAGCUCAACCGUGACACCCGUCAUGUAUAUAAUAUAAUAGACACAUAGGGAUGUUUUUCUCUUUGCUUUAAGUUUUUUUUUGUUAUUAAAAUUCAAAUAAAAAGAAAUAAAAAAGAAAAUAUUUUGCCUUCGAAAAUAUUAUGUGAUUGAAUUAGAGCUUUUUUUCUUUCUGAAUAGGCACUGUCUUUAUAUUUUUUUUCUUUUUUUUUGGAAGUUAAAAUAUAAAUUUUAUAGUUUGAGAUAAAACAUUCUUUAUCAAUAGAUUUCUGCAUGACUUCAUUUCACGAAAGCAUUUACGUCCGAAAAUUAUUGUCAUAUUACUUUAUCAAAUAAUUAUUUUAAUUGUGUAAAAAUAUUUUUUUUUACAAAUUUUAUCGAUUGCUCAAAGCUUAUUAACAAAGCGUCUUUAUUGAUUUUUACUUCGUUCCCAUAAUCGUAUUUAAUAAUUCGGUUCGUCGACCGUGACGACCUUCGAAAAAAAUGCAGCAUGUAAUCUAACUGUUAACAUCAGAUUAAACGAUUUCCGUUGCUUGCUUGCAUAAAAUGACCGAUGAAGUUGCAACUUAUCGUGACGCGCAUGUUACGGCUCUGUGUAGUAUUUUUAGUGAAGUUUAUUUAUCCGACGAGACAGAUAUUUUAUGAAUGGUACACGCAUCGUUGCUACUAUCUGCAUGCCAAUUAUAGAAGAAGACGCUAUUUGAGAGAAAUAUGCGAUUCGGUGUCGCACACUAGUUUCUCUGUUAGGAUUCUCCAAUUAUAGUUUUAAUGACAGAAUUUUUUUCAUUUUUCCACAACUCGUGAUAAACAAAGUUUUUAUGUGACUAAAGUAUUUACAGUUGGUACUUAAAAUUAUAUACAUUAAAAAGUUAUAAUAAAUAGAUUUUCCGUUAUUCUUUUUCAGUGAGAAUCAAUUCGAAAUUUAUUGGGGAAUCUAUUAUUGAAAUUAAGGUCGAGAAUUCUAAUACCAUCCGGCAUAUAAUUUAAAAUACAUUUUUUCUACAAUUAACGGAGAGCCAAUUACUCUCGCAUUAUGGCUCGGCCAUGUUCAAGUGUGCGCACGUGUACGUGUCUGUAUACUUUCAUUGCUAACCGAUUGCGUCAUUUUAACCGCAGGAAAAUCGUGUUUACAUGGCACUGCGCGACCAAUAAUGGUCGUGACACGGUCACACGUGGCACGAUUAAAAGCGCCGUAAAGAAGUUUCUCUUUUUCUUAGGUUGUUUUAACGAUUGCGUAGGCACUCGUCCAUCGGUCGCAUUUAUGCAUCAUCUGUAUUUACAUAUUACCCUUAAGAUGUGAUAAAAAAUAGUAGUAACAUUCGAGAGAGAUUAAAAAUCAAAAUCUUUGGAAGAAACAAGUUACUUUAAUACCGAUUCAUUCGUUUUCAAGUAUCGGUAAUUUGUGAGCAAGAUUUCUUACCCAUUUGUGUUCCACGGACAACACGUCGUUGUCGGACAAGACUUCCACUUGGAAUCGUGGAUUCGUUUAUUCGCAACUUCGUAGUAUAAGAUUUAUUAUAUCUAAGAGUAAAGAUGUGUGUAAAGAAUAAAUUCUGAAUGAUCUAAAUCU